UUCGAUGCCCAGUCUACGCGCACACACGUAGCAACACCGAGCAUCGACGAGAAUUUACAAGCAACGGUUGUUAUCUCGCUACCAACUCGAUAAGCAGCCAGUGACAGUGUGGCAGUAAUACCAGCCGGUGUUUUGACAAUAUCCCCAGUGCGGUGCGAAAGUUAUGUCUUCUUCCGAGAAUUCAAUAGAGUAUAUAAUAAUCUGUACAAUGUCGGCCAGUCAGUACUACCACGUGCAGUGCACACCAACCGUUUACCCCGCUGACCCCUUCGACCCGGAGGAAGAUGCGACCCUUCUGCGAACGGCGAUGAAGGGUUUCGGUACCGACGAGCAAGCCAUCAUCGACGUGCUCGCUCAUCGCGGUAUCGUGCAGCGACUCGAGAUCGCAGAUAAAUUCAAAACGAUGUAUGGAAAAGAUCUGAUUUCUGAAUUGAAGUCGGAACUCGGUGGCAACUUUGAAAAGGCUAUCAUAGCGUUGAUGACACCUUUGCCGGAAUAUUACGCUAAAGAGUUGCACGACGCAAUUUCCGGAAUUGGCACUGACGAAGGAGCUCUGAUCGAAGUGAUGGCCUCCCUCAGCAAUUAUGGUAUUAAGACCAUAUCUGCUGUCUAUAAAGAUCUGUACGACAAAGAAUUGGAAGAGGACUUGAAAAGCGACACGUCCGGUUACUUUGCGAGGCUGAUGGUUUCUCUUUGCUGUGCCAGCAGAAAUGAGAAUCCAGAGGUUGAUGCAGAGGCGGCGACACAAGAUGCUCAAAGACUUAUAGAUGCUGGCGAGGGCCAGUGGGGAACAGACGAAAGUACAUUUAAUGCUAUUCUUAUUACCAAGAGUUUCCCUCAGCUGCGAAAGAUUUUCAGUGAAUACGAACGACUUUCCGGAAACAGUAUAGAAGACGCCAUUAAACAGGAAUUCUCAGGAUCCAUUGAAGAUGGCUACCUCGCAGUCGUGAGGUGUGCUCGUGAUAAGACUGCAUAUUUCGCGCAGCGACUCUACAAAGCGAUGAAAGGAAUGGGCACCGAUGAUACCACACUAAUACGUAUAAUCGUGGCCCGAUCGGAAAUCGAUUUAGGUGAUAUCAAAGAGACUUACCAAAACAUGUAUGGCCAGUCACUAGCCGGCGACAUUGACAGCGAUUGUCACGCUGAAUGGAAAAGACUUCUGAUCGCGAUGCUGAAUUAAAGACAGUGGUUCAGGCUUUGUGCGAUAAAAAAACCCGUCCGGAUUUAAUACUCAAUCGCUUUAUCGACGGCAUUUAUAUUAAUGCAGCGAUGUCCUGUGGAGAACAUCGAAAAUUCAACCAAAGAUCGAAAUCGAAUAUUAUGAAUUAAAAUGCACGAGAUUAAUAUAUGGAGUAUCGAAAAUUCGAUCGAAGAUUGAAAUCGAAUAAUCUGAGUGUUAAUGUUUCGAAAUUUUAGGUGGCCAAAGAAAAAGGAGUAAAGUAACUUUGCUGCAUUUAUACGAUGUAUUUUAAUUGUGGAUUUAUUUGUUCUUUUUUUAUGAACUGAGACGCUGCUGAUAUACAUUCCGUUUCUUCUUCCAAGACGCCGUUGAUAGAAUAGUGUGCAUUUUAUAAAUAUAUUUUUUACAGAUUUUUUUUAUUAUUCUCUAUCUAGUAUUUUAUAGAUAUAUUUUCGUAAAUGGAUUAUACGAUUCGAGUAUAUUUGACAGUGAUUCUUCGUAAGAUUUUAGAGUCUGAUUCUGUAUUUGAAAAAGGUUAGAAAUAUUGAUGGUUAAUAUUAUUUAUAUUCAAUUCCAUGUAUCGAUGUUUAACAGGCAGCUUAAAAGUUUAGGUGUUUUAAGCUAUGAACUUGUAUUUUAAAAUAAAUGUCUGCUUAAAGGAAA